AUGACAUUUUUUUUUUUUUGCAAAUUUACAAUUAUUUUUUUCUAUCUUUUUGUAAUUUUAGGCGGAGUACUCAGCUAUUUUCGCAGCUUUUUUGGCCAAAAAGAAUUGCGAAUUUUGAUACUGGGACUCGAUGGUGCUGGCAAAACGACGAUUUUGUACAGACUUCAGGUGGGUGAGGUGGUGACGACGAUUCCGACGAUUGGUUUCAAUGUUGAGCAAGUUGCUUACAAAAAUCUCAAAUUUCAGGUAUGGGAUCUCGGUGGCCAGACGUCAAUUCGUCCGUACUGGAGGUGCUACUACUCAAACACAGAUGCCAUCAUAUACGUUGUGGAUUCGGCAGACAAAGAUCGAAUUGGCAUUUCAAAGCAGGAACUUGUUUCGAUGCUCGAGGAAGAGGAGCUGAAGAACGCUGUUUUGAUGGUUUUGGCAAAUAAGCAAGAUAUUCCUGGAUGUCUUUCUGCAGCCGAUGUGCAUCGUUGCCUUGGAUUAGAUGCACUGCGGACACGGACAUUCCAGAUUUUCAAGACAUCUGCGACGAAGGGUGAAGGUUUGGAUGAAGCAAUGGAAUGGUAUGUUCGUUUCCUCGAUCUAAUUAUUCAGCUAUCAAAUACACUACAGCAAAGGCGAUAA